AUUUUCUUCUUAUUCUAAGAUAUUGGUCGUGCGUACCAGGUGUUUUUCGCUAAAACAACUUCAAUUAAUUAUUUUGGAACUGUCCCAUUUUUCGGCAAAACAUUCUUCAAUUAAGUCCAGGUUGCACUAAUUCCUUUUAACAUGAUCAACCAUCAUCACCAUCAUCACCAUCAUCUCAGCAGGGUUCGUUAACGAUUUUUGAUUGUAUUCUAAUUUUAAAUUCACUACCACCUGUGCUUAUCACGUGAUUAUCACUCCGAAAUAAAUUACAGUAAAUAUAUUCGAAUAUUACUAUUUAAAAAAUUGAUUUUCGACACGAAUUGACAAGACUGCUUCAGAUUUUUUCGUUCUGAUUCUUGUUUAGUAUUUAUGGCGUCAUGCAAACACAGCUCGUUACUAUAGUAAACAAUUUUUAUAUAUUUCUGUUAUCCUCCAACAGCUGUUUCCUUUGCUAUUAUCGUGUGAUGUAAAUAAUGAUAUGUGCUGAUCCCUAACCUAUGUAAUAAUAACGGAUAAGCGCCUUAAUGCUUUCCUUAUACAUAGUUCCUGUCCUGUCAAUGCAGUGUGAGUUAUUGAAUAACAAGUCAAGUAAACACGUGUUUUUUUCUGUCAAUUUAACUUUUUAGAUGCAUACGAAAUAGUAUUUAAAUUAUAUAAGAACCACACAAACCUCAAAAUGGGCCAAAGUUUUUUGGCGUGCGUCACGUACAAAUCCUCUUACUCUUCAUCAGCUUAACGGUAAUGUACACGAUCAGGUCACAGCUAAGCGUCCUUAUGGUGGCCAUGAUCCAGCCCCCCGGAUGCAAGGAAAACGGAACAGAUUCCAAUGAAACUGCUUGUAAUAGGUCGAACCUGAGCAAGUGGGAUAUCUAUCGCUCUUACGACUGGAACAAAUCCACUCAAGAGAUGAUCACAUUCGCCUUCUUCGUGGGCUAUACCUCCAUGACCCUCCCUAUGGGUAUCGCCGCGCAGAGGUUCGGAGGCAAAGGUCCAAUCAUGCUGGCUCUAGCAGUUAACGGAGUAGUGUCCAUUUUUACACCCUGGAUACCGUUAGUGGGAGGUUGGAUCGCCAUGUCUGCUAGCAGAUUACUCCAGGGUAUGACGCAAGCAGCUAUGUACCCGAGCAUCCACACGUUGUUGGCUAAGUGGGUGCCUCUAAGUGAAAGAGGAAGACUUAGCACUUACGUGUAUACCGGAUCUCAAGCCGGUACCAUAAUAGCCUUCCAACUGUCAGGGCUAUUCGCUGGAAGUCCAAUGUUAGGCUGGCCCGUGUCCUUCUGGGUAUUCGGGGCGCUGAGCUUGAUCUGCUGCUUCCUUCUCGGUUGGCUGGGAGUCGGCAGUCCCCACGAGCAUCCCACCAUCUCGGCGGAGGAGAUGGCAUUCAUAUUGCAUGAUGGGGCUGUAGAUGUGAUUCCCAAGAAACGCAAAACUCCAUGGCGUCAUAUCCUGACGUGUAAAGCGGUGUGGGGCCUGGUGGCGUCACACGCGGGCAGUGCCAUCGGGUACCUGCUCAUCCUGACCGAGAUACCGCUCUACAUGAACCACAUUCUUGGAGUGGACCUGAAGAGGAAUGGAUUAUAUUCGUCGCUGCCGUACAUAGCACUAUAUUUCAUGGCGAUUGCUUUUGGAAACCUCGCGGACUUCUUAGCCAAUAGAAAACUUAUGUCUGUAGUCAAUAUAAGAAGGACAGCAAAUAGUAUAGCGAUGGUGCUAUCAGGAUUAUUCUUAUUAGCAUUCAGCUGUGUGUACAGUACGGCGUUAGCUGUGAUACUACUUAUUAUAUCACUUGGUCUGCAUGCCGGGGUACAUGUGGGAUUCCAUAUAAACCAAAUAGACUUGGCCCCGAACUUCGCUGGCCCCAUAAUGGCGCUUGGCAAUAUGAUCGCCAACCUCACUGGGUUACUUGCUCCGGUGAUCGUCUCCAACAUCGUGAUGGACGACGUGACGAAUCAUCGAAAAUGGCAGUACGUUUUCAUAAUAAUCGUAGCCUUCAUGAUUGUUACGAAUACUAUUUUCGUGGUGUUUGCAAAGGGAACCGUUCAGCCGUGGAACUUUUAUGGCGAAGAAGAAAAUGACGCUGAUGAAAAGGAGAUGACUGACAAAAAUAACAAGGGACUGAACAAAAAGAACAGUUUGCAAAAUGUGAUACGAUAAUAACGUCUAAAUUUAAUGUAAAUUAAGCUAAGAUAAACAAUUAUAAGCAU